AUGACACAAGAUAUUAAACAACUGUACAUUGACGCUGGUCAAGGUCACCUCUUCAAUCACUGGGAUUCACUUACCUCAACCGAGCAAUCUGAAUUCCUAUCAAGCUUACAAACAGUCGCUAACAGAAUACACCCUCGUGACCUUAUCACCAAUUGUCAAAAAGCCAUAAAACUAGCAGACACAAUUUCUCAUGCGUCACCAGAAUCCAUAAGACCACUCCCUACUGCCUCUUACGAAUCCAUCAUAAACGCUAAAAAUGACCCGAUAGAAUCACACGCAUUAGCUACAUAUCGUCAAUUGGGUCAUCACGCUAUUGAGAAAGGUGAAGUUGCUGUAAUUUUAAUGGCUGGCGGUCAAGGGACAAGAUUGGGAUCCAAUGAACCCAAGGGAUGUUACGAUGUUGGAUUACCUUCUCACAAAUCAUUGUUCCAAAUGCAAGCUGAGAAGAUUCAUACUUUGCAACGGAUUACUAACUCGAAACGUCCUAUUCCAUGGUUUAUUAUGACUUCGGAACCUACAAGAAUGAUGACUGAAAGAUUCUUUGAUAAGCAUGGGUAUUUUGGAUUGACAAGGGAACAAGUACAAUUUUUUAAUCAGGGGACUUUACCUGCGUUGGAUAGUAAUGGGGAGAAGUUAUUGUUGAAGGAUAAAGUUCAUUUGGUACAAUCUCCUGAUGGGAAUGGUGGAUUGUAUCAAGGUUUGAAAGAGAAUGGGAUUAUUGAUAAGUUAAUACAAUUGAAUGUGAAACAUGUUUAUGUUUAUUGUGUUGACAAUAUUUUGUCAAAGAUUGCUGAUCCUGUUUUCAUUGGGUUUGCUAUUAAGCAUGGGUUCCAAUUGGCUACAAAGGCUGUGAGGAAGAGAGACCCACAUGAAUCCGUUGGAUUGAUUGCAACUAGAGAUGAUAAACCUUGUGUUAUUGAAUAUUCGGAAAUUUCAAAAGAAUUGGCUGAGGAUAUCGAUUCGAAUGGGUUGUUAAGAUUAAGAGCUGGUAAUAUUGUGAAUCAUUAUUAUUCUGUGGAUUUGUUAAGGAAAUCCUUAAAUUCUUGGUGUGAUAUGUUACCUUAUCAUAUUGCCAAGAAAAAAAUUCCCUAUUUUGAUAAUGAUUCAAUGGAAUUGAUGAAACCAGGUGAUAAAUCGAAUGGGAUUAAAUUGGAACAAUUUAUAUUUGAUGUUUUUCCCAAUGUACCGUUGGAAAAAUUUGGUUGUUUAGAAGUGGAAAGAUCUAUUGAAUUUGCACCUUUGAAAAAUGGUCCCGGUUCUUCAAAUGAUAAUCCUGAAACAAGUAAAUUAGCAUUUUUACAAUUGGGUACAAAUUGGUUAAGAGAAAAUAAUGCUAUUAUAAAAAAUGAUGUCUUAGUUGAAGUUUCAAAUAAAUUAAGUUAUGAUGGUGAAAAUUUAGAAAAAUUUAAUGGCCAUGUGUUUGAGAAACAAGAUGUUAUACUUGACGAAUGA